AUGGCGUCCACUGACUCGAACACCGAGGCCGUGUCUCAAAAUGAGCUGCCCGCCGUGGAGCAUGCGGACGAUACAGCUCGAUCCUGGUCUGCUCGAUCCAUCUAUCGAUCAAUCCCAUUCCAGAUCGCCAUCGCUAGUGGUGUUUCCUUCACGGCCCCGGGCAUGUGGGACGCCAUGAACAACCUUGGAGCUGGUGGUGCAGCAGAGCCGUAUGCCGUUUCGGCUGCAAACGCUCUGGUCUACGGCUUGUUUGCAAUCGUUUGUGUCUUGGCGGGAGCCAUCAACAACCGUAUCGGUCUUCGAUAUGGAUUAGUUAUUGGAGCUAUUGGGUACCCCAUUUACGGUGCUGGUCUCUACACCAACAAUUAUUCCCCGACAACAUGGUUCAUGCUUUUUGGUAGUGCGCUGUGUGGUAUCUCUGCGGGUUUCUUCUGGGCUGCCGAGGCUGCUAUUAUCAUUGGAUACCCGAGUCCCCAGGACCGUGCUUUUUACCUUGCUAUUUGGCAGACGGCUAAGGCUGCUGGUCCCAUUGUCGGCGGUGCGAUUAGUCUUGGCCUCAACGCUCAAAAUUCAUCGAAGGGAACAAUCAGCGCAGGAACUUACAUCGUUUUCAUCGUGAUCAUGUGUCUUGGACUUCCUAUAGCGCUCUGUCUGAGCCCAGCCGAGAAGGUGCAGCGCAAAGAUCGAACAUUGGUUUUGGUGCACAAGCAAGCCACCUGGGGUGCCGAAUUCAAGGCAGCACUGAAGCUGAUCGCCACACGCCGUGUCCUACUUCUGCUUCCUUCGUUCUUCAUCAGCUAUUUCUACAACGCCUUUCUGAGCACCUGGUUGACCGACUACUUCACCGUCCGCUCCCGUGCAUUCUCGUCUUUCUUCACCAACUUUGCCGGUAUUGCCUCUUCGUUCCUCAUUGCGGCUCUUCUCGAUCGUCAAACUAUUCGCAUCAAUACCCGAGCCAAGAUCGCCUUCUUGGCUAUUGUGACCGUGCUUACAGGCACGUGGAUUUGGGCUUGUGUUCUGCAGAAUCAGUUCUAUAAUGCGCCGACAGCACCUGUUUUCGACUGGUUCACGGGCGGAUUCGGAAAGUCGUACGCUCUGGUUUUCUUCUGGACCUUCGGAGGCCAAGCAUUCCAGCAAUAUCUUUACUGGCUUAUUGGUCAGUACAGCACUGACAUUUCAUCUCUGUCCUACCACUGUGGAAUUCUGCGAGGAUUUGAAGCUCUUGGACAGACCGUUGCUUGGGCCAUGCAAUCCGAGGGUAACGCAAACCACUUUGUCAGUAUCGGCCUCAAUUUCGGAAUUACGAUAUUGUGCAUCUGGCCAACCUGGAUUGUUCUUUCUGAACUCGACCACAGCCACGAAGUGCGGGUCACCGUGGAUGAUGUGGCAGCGAAGGUACAUGAUGAUGUUGCCCAAGCUUAA